CCGGAGGCCGGCCGAGCUGUGCUGUCCGCCCUGCGGCCGGAGCCCCUCGGAAAGGUAUAAUUCUUUGGAGAGAGCUGAUGGAAUGAGAAGCCAUCAUGGAGGCUCAGUCCCACAGUGCCACAACCAGUGAGCGGAAGAAAGUGGAGACUCCCAUUGCCAAGUGCCCCACACGGGCAGACGUCAGUGAGAAAGCAGCAGCCUCCAGCACCACAUCCAAUGAGGAUGAAAGUCCUGCACAGACCUAUUCCCGAGAGAGGAGAAACGCAGUGGCCAUGCAGCCUCAAAGCGGGCAAGGACUGGGUAAGAUCAGUGAGGAGCCUUCCACGUCCAGUGAGGAGAGGGCCUCACUAAUAAAGAAGGAGAUCCAUGGAUCCAUGCCUCACCUAGCAGAGCCCUCCGUGCCAUACCGAGGGACAGUGUUUACCAUGGACCCCAGGAAUGGCUACAUGGAGCCCCAUUACCACCCUCCUCAUCUUUUCCCAGCAUUCCACCCUCCAGUCCCGAUCGAUGCGAGACAUCACGAGGGACGUUACCAUUAUGACCCGUCUCCCAUCCCUCCACUGCACGUGCCUUCUGCCUUAUCAAGUAGCCCAACAUAUUCUGACCUGCCCUUCAUUAGAAUCUCCCCACACAGAAACCCGGCAGGCACUUCUGAGUCGCCCUUCAGCCCCCCGCAUCCGUACAUCAACCCUUACAUGGACUACAUCCGCUCCUUGCACAGCAGCCCUUCUCUGUCUAUGAUCUCGGCGGCCCGUGGCCUCAGCCCCACUGAUGCCCCCCAUGCAGGUGUCAGCCCUGCGGAGUAUUAUCACCAUCAGAUGGCCCUCUUGGCGGGCCAGCGCAGCCCAUACGCGGACAUUAUUCCUUCUGCAGCAGCUACUGGAGCUGGGGCCAUUCACAUGGAAUACCUGCAUGCCAUGGAUAGUACCAGAUUCCCCAGUCCCAGGCUGUCCACGAGACCAAGCCGGAAACGGACGCUGUCCAUCUCCCCGCUGUCUGACCAUAGCUUUGACCUUCAGACCAUGAUAAGGACGUCCCCCAACUCCCUGGUCACCAUUCUCAAUAAUUCUCGCAGCAGCUCGUCGGCCAGCGGCUCCUACGGUCACUUGUCAGCAAGCGCCAUAAGUCCUGCUCUGAGUUUCACGUACCCUCCCACCCCAGUCUCUUUCCAGCAUAUGCAUCAACAGAUUUUAAGUCGGCAACAAAGUUUAGGAUCUGCUUUUGGACACAGUCCUCCACUUAUCCACCCAGCCCCGACCUUUCCUACUCAGAGACCCAUUCCUGGCAUCCCUAGUGUCCUGAACCCUGUUCAAGUGAGCUCUGGUCUGUCGGAGGCCACACAGCAAAACAAACCGACCAGUGAGUCUGCAGUGAGCAGCACGGGGGAUCCCAUGCACAGUAAGCGCUCCAAGAUCAAAGCCGAUGAAGACCUGCCCAGCCCAGGAGCGGGAAGUCUGCAGGAACAGCCUGAAGGAAUGACCCUCGUCAAGGAGGAAGGGGACAAAGAUGAAAACAAGCAAGAGCCUGAAGUGGUCUACGAGACAAAUUGUCACUGGGAGGGCUGCGCGCGGGAGUUUGACACCCAGGAGCAGCUCGUGCAUCACAUAAAUAACGAUCACAUCCAUGGGGAGAAGAAGGAGUUUGUGUGCCGAUGGCUAGAUUGCUCGAGAGAACAGAAACCCUUCAAAGCCCAGUAUAUGCUGGUGGUUCAUAUGAGACGACAUACGGGAGAGAAACCGCAUAAAUGCACUUUUGAAGGUUGUACCAAGGCCUACUCCAGACUAGAAAACUUGAAAACCCACUUGAGAUCUCACACUGGAGAGAAACCGUAUGUCUGCGAGCACGAGGGCUGCAACAAAGCAUUCUCCAAUGCCUCGGACCGAGCCAAGCAUCAAAACAGGACACAUUCCAAUGAGAAACCAUACGUGUGCAAGAUUCCGGGCUGCACCAAACGGUACACGGACCCCAGCUCCCUUCGCAAACACGUGAAGACUGUGCACGGCCCUGAAGCUCAUGUCACGAAGAAGCAACGUGGAGACCUCCAUCCCCGGCCUCCACCUCCUCGGGAGCCUGGCAGCCAUGCCCCAUCCCGAUCUCCUGGCCAGCAGACUCAGGGGGCCCUGGGCGAGCAGAAGGACCUCAACAACUCUACCUCAAAGCGGGAUGAAUGCCUGCAAGUGAAAACGGUCAAGUCUGAGAAGCCAAUGACAUCUCAGCCAAGCCCUGGUGGUCAGUCUUCAUGCAGCAGCCAGCAGUCCCCCAGCAGCCCCUAUUCCAACAGUGGGAUCGAGCUCCAUCUGACCAACGGAGGCAGUGUAGGAGACCUCAGCGCCAUUGACGAAACCCCCAUCAUGGACUCUACCAUUUCCACGGCAACCACCGCUCUUGCCUUGCAAGCUCGGAGGAACACGACAGGCACUAAAUGGAUGGAGCAAGUAAAAGCAGAAAGAUUGAAACAAGUGAAUGGCAUGCUUCCACGGCUGAACCCCCUCCCACCUCCAAAAGCCCCUGUGCUAGCUCCUAUCAUAGGAAACGGAAUACAGUCCAACCCCAGCUGCAGCGUGAAUGGGCCAAUGACUAUCCUCCCUAACCGGAAUGAACUGUCCAGCGUGGACGUCACCAUGCUGAAUGUGCUGAACCGACGAGAUAGUAACACCAGCACCAUCAGCUCGGCCUAUCUGAGUAGCCGCAGGUCCUCGGGCAUCUCCCCCUGCUUCUCUAGCCGCAGGUCCAGCGAGGCUUCCCAAGCCGAGGGCCGGCUCCAGAACGUGAGCGUGGCCGACUCCUAUGACCCCAUCUCCACAGACGCCUCUCGCCGCUCCAGUGAGGCGAGUCAAGCUGAUGGGCUGCCCAGCCUCCUCAGCCUCACCCCUGCACAGCAGUACCGGCUGAAGGCCAAGUAUGCAGCAGCAACUGGGGGGCCCCCACCCACCCCAUUACCCAACAUGGAAAGGAUGAGCCUGAAGACAAGGAUGGCACUGAUGGGGGAUUGCAGGGAGUCUGGCCUCUCCCCAUUCCCCCCUGUCAACCCUCCCCGAAGAUGCAGUGAUGGUGGAACCAACAGUUAUGGGCGGAGGACCCUUUUGCCUCAUGAUAUGCUGGGGAAUGGGAUGAGAAGAGCCAGUGACCCUGUACGGAUGGUCUCAGAGAACCUUUCUUUGCCUCGAGUUCAGCGUGUCAACAGUCUAAAUAGCUUUAACCCUCCUGUUUUGCCUCCAUACGUGGAAAAACAUAAUUUUGUGCUCCAGAAUUAUACUCGCCCUGAGGGCGGCCUGUUCCGUAAUUUCUACUCUUCUCCUUGUCCUCCGAGCAUCAGUGAGAAUGUCACCUUGGAGUCUUUAACCAUGGAAUCUGAUGCCAACUUGAAUGAUGAGGACUUCUUGCCAGACGAUGUGGUGCAGUACCUGAACUCUCAGGGCCAGGGUGGCUAUGAACAGCACUUCCUGAACAGCAUUUCUGAGAAUAGCAAAGUGCCGCAUGGGACCCCAAUGGCCAAUGGUCAUCAUGGGCUUGACCAGCCCCACCUGCCAAGCAACCAUGUCAUCUCUCAGUAUCAUGCUCCAGAGCCACCCAGCUCAGAUGCCAGCAAGAGUGACCUCCCCAUUCAGUGGAAUGAAGUCAGCUCAGGGAGUGCUGACCUGUCCCCAUCCAAAUUGAAGUGUGCCCAACGUUCAUCAGCCCUACAAGCUCGAGCCUUUGGUUUAUAUAAUAACAUGGUUGUCCAGCAGCAGAACCUUUUGAGGAAUGGAGUAGCCCAAGCCAAUGGUUACCAGCAGCUGGUAGAAAAUAGCUCAUGUGGCCUGCAGGAGAAUUUGCUCCCCAGUAGCAGUGGGGGUAGCAGUGGUACCAAUGGAACUUCUUUCCAUUUGCAGUCCAACAAGGCUCAGCAAUAUGGAGAGAGCCUAAAUAGGCAGUCGACAGUAGGUGGGGCAUUAGAUGGUUCCUGUGGCUCGUUGAUUCCAGGACAGAAGCUGAGAAGCAACAGCAUGCCACUGAAUGGAAGCCAGCCAAACUAUGGCAUGGCGGUGGCCCCGAAUGAGCUUCCAAGCAGCAUGGCAAAUGGAACACAGAGUCAGGGCUGCCUCCAGAGUCAGACACUGGCUGAAGGUGCUCAUUUCCCAGCUGUGAAUCGUACCAGUCAGAUGAUGUUAGGGCAGGUCAGUCCUACCUCACAAAGCAGUGUCUACCAAGGGUCAGAGAGCUGUCUGUCAAGCAUUGGGAAUCAGCAAUCGAGUUUGGCCAUAGCAAAGACAUACCAACCAUAUGCCAACUAUGGGGGCAGUAGAUGGCAAAUCAUGCUGAGGAAUAGCCUAGCUCAACAACAAGGACAUGUCAGUGAUGCAAAUCAGACCUGCAGGGUCAAUGGUAUUAAGAUGGAGACCCAAGGUCAGUCACAACAGCUCUGCUCUAAUGUGCCACAUUACUCUGGUCAGUUGUAUGACCAAACCCUGGGCUUUAGUCAGCAAGACAUGAAAACGGGGUCUUUCUCCAUUUCAGAAGCUAACUGCUUGCUUCAGGGUACUGGCACUGAAAACUCUGAGCUGCUCUCCCCAGGUGCUAACCAGGUGACCAGCACGGUUGAUAACAUUGACAGCAACAGCCUGGAAGGGGUGCAGAUUGAUUUUGAUGCAAUCAUAGAUGAUGGGGACCAUGCCAGCUUAAUUUCAGGAGCCCUGAGUCCGAGCAUCAUUCAGAAUCUUUCCCACAAUUCCUCUCGCCUCACCACUCCACGAGCAUCUCUGACAUUCCCCUCCUUGCCUGUUAAUACCACCAACAUGGCAAUUGGGGACAUGAACUCUUUGCUGACCUCCCUUGCAGAAGAAAGCAAGUUUUUAGCAGUGAUGCAAUAGAUGUUGGGAAAAUUAAGAUAAAAGAAAAAAAAACAGAAACAACUUUAGGAAUUUUAAAGGUGAAAUGGAUUCUUUUUAGUUGUGUAUGUAUUUUUGUAAUCUCAUCUCACCUGAAUGGGAUGUGUUUCAAGUAUAUUCCUUUUAUGGAAAAAGGACUCUGAGAAACCCUAAAGUGUUGUAGGGAGAAACUGUCUUCCAUUUCAAUUUUGAGUCAGUAUUCUUAGCCCCAUUCCUCUUCCUCCUCCUCCUCGUCCUUGUCCCAUUUCAUUUUUUUAAAGCUCUGUAACCUGUUUUUGAAUUGUAAACCCAUAUAAAUGUGUCAUGUGCAUGUUUUCCUUUUUUUUUAAGAGAAGUCCAGUGAAAGGAUGGGACAGUUUUCUAUUACUCAAAAGACACCUGAGUGUUGGGACUGAUUUCCCAAGGACCAUGUUUCUGUUUUUCCUUUUCCAUUUUCAAUUUGAUUACACUGGGCACAAUAAGCAGAGAAUAGAAUGUGAUUCCCCAUUGGUGUAUUAUAUGCUAUGUCCAACAAACUUACAGCAUCUUCUCUUCUUAUACCCACUGUCCUGCAUCCCAACUUAGUUUAAUCCAUAGCAGGCUUUUUUUUAUUGCUGUGGGUCCAGGGAAAUAAGGGAACUCUUUCAGAUAAACUAUGACAUUCUCCGUGUUUUUGUUUUUCUUUUUCUCUCCCAGACAGUCUGUGAAUUGAAAUGUGUAUGAGUGAAUCUGUGUCAAUGGUCACUUCUCAGGUAUCUUUGUUUUCCUUCCUCUUCUUCCCUCUUUCUAUUUGACUUUUAGCUAUUCCUCUGCUUUUGUAGCAUUUCAGCCAGAGGGAGAGAAAGGGAAAGAAGGGACAGCCCAAUUAGAUAAUUGGGGGGAAAGUUUGGUGGAUGCUGAGACUAAAGCUAUUGGUAGAGUAUUAUGUAGGGAUGAUCCAUGGAUCAUCUUCUCUUCACUAUGCCCAGAGAGGACUGAAAAUCAACUGUUUUUAGAAUUCUGAAACAGAAGCUAUCUAUAUACGCCCAUUGCUAACUGUGUAUUUAGCAUCUGUUUACUGCUGCAAUCAUGAAGGAGGAUUUCUAUGUUAAACCCUUAUUUUAAGGGACUUAUAAAAGAGUAAGAGAGGAAAAAUCACUUUUUUUAUAUUGCACUUGGGUAUAAAUCGCUCAGCUUAGUUUUUUUAAUUUUAUUGGAAGUACAAUGGAAACUAUAUAUCGUGGUUGUGUGGACAUCUUUAUUUUUUCACCAGUAUCUAUGAAAUGCCACAUCAAUUUUGAAAAAAAAAAUGAAUUUUGUAUUCAUUUUGUCCCUAAUGUAAAGUAGGAUCUAUAUUUUUAUUUUGAAGUGAAAUUGUUUAGUAUUUUACAGGACUCCUUCCCCCAUGCAAAUGAUACACAUUGUGAUGUACUGUAUGUGCACAAAUACUACAUGGGUUGUUCAGGUUACUGUUUUUGUUUUGUUUUGUUUUGUUUUUUAAUAUGUAGAUUAUUAGAAUAAGAGGGAGAAAUACCUUGAAAUACCUGCAAAACCCUGUCCCAUUUUGACUCUCACUAGAAGUGAAAGUGAAGGCUAGAUUCUUCUCUCCUCAUGCCAUCCCAAUCUGGGGUAUUGUGGAGAGGAUUUUUUUUGUUUAUUGUUUUUGAAUCAGAUAGUGGUUGGACUAGUUGGCCUCUGAAUUUCCUUCCAACUCUCAUGAGUCUGUAACUCAAAGUGUUAUGAAUCAGUUCUGUGCCUCUUCCUCCUUUUCCCCUAUUUAAAUUAGUGUUAAAAAAAGAAAUUUGAAAGGAAGAAUAGAAAGGUUAGAAUCACUAUUCCCUCCCCCAUGCAUUCCACCAUUAAUUGGUCCAACCAUUCUAGCUGCCACUAACUUAUUAUUUCAGAUGAGAGGAUCAUAAAGACCUAGAAGGGACCUCAGAGAUAAUUGAGUGCAAUGUCUUCAUUUUACAGAUGAAGAACUGAGACCCAGAAAAGCAAGUGAGUUGCCCAAUGUUACACAGUUAUGUUACACUCUGAGGCCAAGCAUUUUUUUUGAGGCAAUCUGGAUUAAGUGACUUGUCCAGGGUCACACAACUAGUAAGUGUUUCUGAGGCAGGAUUUGAGCUAUUUCCUACCUUCCUCCCCAACUCCUCCUUAACAUUUCUGUAGAUACUGCUCUGUUUGAAAUCAAAGGAGUGCCCACAUUUGACCUAAAACACAAGAGAAUGUUAGGAGAUAUAUGGAAAGGAAGGCGCCCUAUGGCACAUGGCUCAUUCCUAAAAUCAGCCAAUACUUUCUGUCUUGGGAUGUAUCCUCUUUCUAUCAUCUGACCAAAUCUCAUUGUAUCCAGAUUUUAGGUUUCUCACAGGAGCACAUACGAACCCUAAAAGUCCCAACUCUUGUGGUCAGUGACAGAGUUGAGCCUUGUUGGGGUAUAGGGUUCACUAAAUAUGAAAAGGGGCCAAUUAUCAAAUUACAGAAUGGGACAGCUAGAAUCAGUGACAUUUGGCCAGGUAUUUUUAAACUCUUGCACCCAUUUAUUAUACAUAUAGUUGCCCUGGUAAACAUAGUAUAAAGAGCCCAUGACUAGGUAUAUAUUCUGGAAGUUGACCAGCAUGACCAAACUUCUUACAAAUGCCCAUGUCAUAAACACCAACACUAGCCUAGAAAAACUGUUAGAAUCUUAAGGGCCCACUUUCUUUUCUGUUUCUUUUUUUUUUUUUACUUGAAGUCUUUUCUCUCUGUUAUCCAGAGCACCUGAUUUCUUUUUAUUUAUUGGAAGAGGUCUUUUAUCUACCAUCCUUCUUGUUCAAUAUGCAGUUGCUAUCCAUCUUGCAAGUACAUCAAUGUUUGGGAGAAAAGUUUAUCUCAUUCCAAUAUGAAUGGUCCAUGAAAGGUAUUUCCAAUGACAAGGUACAGUUCAGUAUUAGGAGGGUACUUUUGCGGUUACCUCAGAGCAUACCAGCUUUCAUAGGCUAACCUUCCCCUGCCCACUGUUCGGUGAAUCCAACUAUCAGGCUUUCCCCACCUCUUUCCCCUAGCUGCCUGUGUCCUUUCUGCCUUUCCUACUUAGUGUUUAAGGGAGAUAUGAGACCAGGCUCAACAUAGUACUGACUUCAAGGAGAGUCAGCAAAUGGUACUUCUGUUAAUCACCUCUGUCUUUUUGAAGAAAGAAAAAUAAAUGAUUUAGGCCAACCCAUAUUUUCAGACUUGGACUCUGUGACAACCAACAGUGUUUCCAUUUUCACAAUGUACGUGCCUUAUUUUUUGUUAAUCUUGUCAACAAGAGGGACCAAGACGUUUUGCCCAAUGAGUGCAUGGAGGGAGCCCUCAUUGGUCAGCCAAGAGCACAUGCCAUUUCCCAUAAUCUGAACCAUCACAUCAACUUCUGAUGCUCAUUGUUCCCUUGUCUGAAUGUUCCCUGGAAGUUUCCUUCUGUGCAUCCUGCAGAUGUGUGUAAGAUAAACCCACAGUUUCCUCCCCCAACCCAAUCUUUUUAGUUUUUUUUAAUAAAAUAUGUAAUCCUUUCUUUUAAAAAAAAUGUAAAUACAUUUAUGUAUCGUAGGACUAGUGUUGGGGUGUAACAGGGCCUUGGGUCCUCCUUUGGAUAAACCUGCAGUUGUGAUGUGAUGCUGUAAGGCCUUGCAUCAAACUGAAAGGCUUAUAGCACCAUGGACAGAACCCCUGGAGUUUUGCUUUCAGAACCACUUAGUUCUUUCAUAACAAAGAAAAAUAAUGUUUCUU